CACAAGUGCACGAUGUAAACAAGUGGAAUCGUGAUUUAAAGUAAAACUGAUCAUUAAGUAAUUUUUGUUAAUCAUGAAUAAUGAUAUAGCAAAUGCUUCAGGUGAUUUCAUUUUGAAAUUAAGAGAUUAUCAAGAACGAAUCUUCAAAAAAUGUGUCAAAGAAAAUUUAAUCGUUUGUUUGCCAACGGGCAGCGGAAAAACCAUGAUAGCCAUCGAAUUGAUCAAACAUUUAUUGCCACAAACAUUGGGCAAAUAUCCGACGAUAGCAAAACGAACAUUUUUCCUAGCACCGAAGCGUGUUCUAGUCGUUCAACAAUAUCAUAUGAUUGAAAAAUUCUUGACUGCCAAAAUUCUUAUGUUGACUGGUGAUGAUGAGCCGGAUAAAUUUGAUAAACAACAAUGGACAAGUCGAUUGAAAAAAAAUCAGGUUUUUGUUGUUACACCCGAUAUUUUGUUAGACAUUCUAUCGAAAGGUUAUAUUAAAGUUUGCAAUUUAAAUCUUAUCAUUUUCGAUGAAAUGCAUUGGGCAUUUCGAAAUGGAACAGAACCAUCGAAUCAUCCAUAUGCUCGCAUCAUGAACGCCGUUAAAGCUGCCAAUAAUAUGGAACAGCCACGAAUACUUUGCCUAAGCGCUUCGAUUUUCGCCAACGAUAGUCAAUCAAUCCUUGAAUCAGCUAAUGAUUCGUUGAAAAAAAUCGAACAACUUUAUCGUGCUCGUAUUGAAUCAGGUGGUUUUUCAUAUGCACACAAAUAUAAAGAAGAAUUACUUGAAUAUAAACAAACAUAUUUUGAUGAUGAUAUUGGAUUCGAUUUUGAUCGAUUGUUUCGAAUUUUUGCCGAAUUGAAAAACGCAUCAUUUUUGAAACAAUUUCAUCUUGCAUUUAUGAAAAUUAAAAAGAUCAUUUCGGGUGAAAUGGGUUUCUGGUUUGCAAUGGAAUAUAUUAAACUUUGUUCGAAUUCAUUGAACGAUAAUCAUUUUGAAAUCAGUGAUAUAAUGAUGAAGAUUAUGAAAUAUAUUGACAAAAGAAUACGUCAUUGGUUAUACGAACAUAAAGGAAUUGUUUACGACGAAAACAAAUAUCAACCGAUUCUAACUGAAACGGAUUUUAUUUCAAAUAAAUUAAAAUCAUUAUUGAAUUUGAUUGAAAAAUUUCGAAUCGAUUUUUCAAAUCAAUCAUUCACCGGCAUUUUAUUCGUUUCGGAAAGAACCGAUGCUAAUCUUAUUUUUCGUUGGCUAAAAUUAUUGUCAAAAAAUGAUGAAAAUUUUGCCUUUCUUAAACUAGGUUUUAUUUGUGGUUCGUUUACAAAAGAUUUUCUUCAUUUCGAUUAUAUUCACAGUAAUUCACAAUAUUUAAGUAAAUUACGUAAUAAUCAAGUUAAUUUUAUUAUUGCUACAUCAGUACUUGAAGAAGGAAUCGAUGUUCCAAUCUGUAACGUUGUCAUUCGUUAUGAUGGUGUUGAUAAUUAUCGUGCUUAUUGUCAAUCUCGUGGUCGUGCAAGACAUGAUAAUUCAUAUUUCUAUAUCAUGGCUUUGAACAGUGAAGCGAAAAAAGUGAAGAAAAAACUAAUCAAUUAUAGAAAAAUUGAUGAUUUAUUGGUCAAUAUUAAAUCUCCCGAUUAUAUUGAUUGUUUUGAACGAGAAUUUGUAAACCAAAACAAUGAUGAUGAUGAUGAUGAUUUUUUUCAUCAAAACACAAAUGAUCUUAUUGAUGAAGAUAUUUUAUCGAUUCAGCCAUAUCAAAAUGGUCAAAGUACUUUACAUCCACUAGGAUCAUUACAAUUAUUGAAUAAAUAUUUAAUGAAAUUACCACGUGAUCUGUUCACUACUCAACAAAUGCCUUUAGAAAUGUUUGUAAAGUUACCUGUCGAUCCAAGAUCGAACAACAUUAAAUAUGCAUAUAUUUUUAUAUUUCCAAUCAAUUCCAAUUAUGCUGGAACAGUAAUUAAAGGUGGCUAUUUUCAAUCAAAAAAAUCUGCUGCAAUGCAUUGUGCUUUUCGUGCAUGUAAAUUUCUAAUAGAUCAUGGUGAUAUUGAUGAAAAUUUAAAUGUUUUUCAAAAACGAUUCAUACUCGAACAACAUUCAUCCGAAUUAAAUAUUCGCUAUGUAAAAGGAUUGGAUGAUGAAGAUCAAUUUCAAACCCGACAGCAUAAAAAUAAAACUUCUGAUUACUUUCAAGCUUUGAUUGAUUUUGAUCCCAAUGUUAAUACUGAUUUCAUCUAUUAUCUGUAUGCGUUAGAAUUUAAGGCAGGAAGCUUUGAUCCAUCGAAUCUUAAACCUGAACAACAAAGUCAACUUUAUAAACCAUUCUUUAUAUCGACAGAUGAAUCGACAAAUGAUAAUCAAACAGUUGGUUUAUUGUUAUCACAAAAACAUCCAAUUGAUUUUGUACAAUCAUAUUUUUAUUUUAAUCUGUUUCCAAUUAAAUUUCAAUUACGAUAUUGUGAUAAAAUUGAUUUAAGUGAUCCAAACAAAUUGAAUUCAAUCGAAUAUUUUCAUAAUCAUGUUUUUAAUAUGAUUUUUUCACAACGAUUAAAACUUGAUCAAUCAUUACCAUUGAAUCGUGGUCUUUAUAUUGUUCCAAUGAAAAAACAAUCCACAACCUAUAAUAUUGAUUUUGAAUUUAUUCAAAUACUAAAAAAUUGGGAACAAUCAUACAAUGAAACUAAUAAGGAUAUUGAAAAAGUUGCACCGGAUUCAUUACAAAUUGAUCAAAUAAAAGUUUAUAAUUCAGAAUCAAAUAAAAUUGAAUUUGAUGAUGAAUUUACCAUAUUUUCGGCCAUUCAUCAACGAUCAAUACAUUUAUAUUUUGCCAAAAACAUUUCUGAUCGAAAUUGUAUGGAUUUUAUGAUUCCACCAAGUGAAGAAUUUCCUUCUGGACAAACUUAUGCACAAUUCUAUCAAAAACAAUAUGAUAGAAUUAUUCGUGAUCAGGAAACACCAAUGGUGAAUGGCGGUGAUGUGAAAUCAUUUCAAAUUAAUUAUCAUCUUUUUAGACAAAAAUGUACAAUGCUCAAACCGAUGAAUCGUAAUUCAACAUUGUUUCCUUUGGAAUUGAUUACCAUACAUCCAUUCACUAGUCGUAUGUAUCUUCGAAUUGCUUCGAUUCCAAUUUUACUUUAUCGAUUAGAACAAUAUGCACUGGGUAAAGAAUUUCUAUCAUGUUUACAUGAUUGUAUCGAUUUAAACUAUGACAAAGAACAUUUCGAUGUAGAAGAUAUUUUAUCGCGAACAAAAAAAAUUCAAGAAGUAUUAUACAGAGAAGAUGAUCUAGAAGAAUUGCCAAUGAAACUUCUCGAUGUUAAUUCGAUUGUUGAUGAAUCAAAACUACAUGAACAAGAACAUCCGAUAACUAAAAAAUUUAAAAGUUUUCUUAUUGAGGAACUUGAAAAAACGGAACAAACACCAAAAACCAAUACGAUGAAUGUUGAUCAAGAAUUUGUUGAUGAUGAUAUUAUUGUUGAUGGUGACAAAGAUGAACAGGAACAAUUAUUCAUUCAAUUGUUAAAUAAAAUUAAUGAAAUACAAAUUAUCAAAGAUAAUAAAAAUUUCAAAAGAAAAAUCGAUCACGAUCUUCUCAAAACUGAAAUUGAAUUUGGACAAUCAUCUUUUUUUAAAUUUACUGGCAAUAUUGAUGAAUAUAUUGAUAAAAAUUCAUUAUCAUACAAUACAUUUUUACAAUUUGAUUGCCCCAAUCCAUGGCAUAUUGUUCAAGGAUUAACAUUAACCAAAGCUUAUGAUUCAUGGAAUAUUGAACGAUUGGAAACGAUCGGUGAUUCAUUCAUUAAAUUUACAUGUAGUUUAUAUCUAUUUUUUCAAUAUCCAGAUUAUGAUGAAAUGAAAUUUGAUUGUUUGAAAACAUCUUUGAUUAAUAAUAAAAAUCUAUUCAAAAUUGCAAUGGAAAAGAAAAUCACUCAAUAUAUUUUUUGUUCAUUACAUCAAUCGAUACCGUUAAAUUAUUUUAAACGAUUAAUUAUUAAAAAUUUUGUUCCAACUGAACAAGAAUUUCGUCAUGGUCUUCGUUAUAAAGAUGUUGCCGAUUGUAUUGAAUCAUUAAUUGGAGCAUUUCUUGUAUACGGUGGUGCUGGUACUGCAUUAAAAUUUUUAAACAAUUUUCUUGAUCUUAAAUCUUUUUGUCCGGAAAAGCUGAAAUCCGAUCAAUCAAGUUUGAAUGAUUUUUUAAAUUAUAAAUUAAAUCUUCAAUUGGAAUUUAUUGGUCCAGAAAUCGAUAUAGAUGGUCGAAAAUUUUAUGAAAUUGAUAAUGAAGAAAUUGAAGCAAAAUUAUUGAAACGAAUGAAAAAACGAAGUUUACAGGCUGAAGUUGAUCGUAUUUAUGAAGAAUAUUCGAUGCAUCUAUUAGAAGAAGAACUUCAAUAUGAAUUUCGUGCAAAAUAUCUUCUCGUUCAAGCAUUCAAUCAUCCAUCAAUGUAUCGUUCGGAAGAUAUUGAAACGGGCGAAAUUGUUUAUAAUUUUAUUCCAAGUUAUCAACGUUUAGAAUUUAUUGGUGAUGCAAUAUUGGAUUAUAUGAUGACAAGAUUUAUAUAUCAUAUGGAUCAUGAAUUAGAUCCAACCGGUAUUACAUUAUUGAAACAUGCACUUGUUAAUAAUGCAUUCUAUGCAUCUAUUACGGUUAAACAUGGUUUACAUAAAUUUUUAAGACAUUCAUCUAUUGGUUUACGGAAUAAAAUACAUAAAUUUGUCAAUAGUUUUACCUAUAGAUUCAUUGAACAAGUUGAAAAAUUAUUAUUAGAAGGAAUCGAUGAAGAAAUCGCUUAUGAUCUGAGUAACGUUGAUAUACCGAAAACAUUGGCUGAUGUUUUCGAAUCUUUAGUUGGUGCCAUAUUUAUUGAUUGCCACUUUGAUUUAGAUGCUACAUGGAGAAUCGUUUAUCGAAUGAUCAAAGUGGAAACAGAUCAUUUUAUGAAAAAUAUUCCGAUGAUGCCUUUACUACGUUUAUCACAAUUUUAUCAUAAUUGUCAUUUUGGUCCAGUUCAAGAUGUUAAACCACCUGUUUCGGAUGGGACUGAAAAUCAUCGGUCUAAUAAACCGGUAACCGAUCGACGAAUGAUUGAACUUAUAGUCGAUGGUGUUGGGACAUUUAUCGGUUACGGUAAAAACAAACGACAAUGCAAAGUUUCAGCUACGAAAAGAUUUUUUGCAUGGGAAAAGCAACAACAAGAAAAUGAAAACAAGACGAAUAAUGAGAGUCAAAUUUGAUGAAAAUUUUCAACAUCAUC